AUGUCAACCAGGCUGAGGGUGCAAAACCAUGCACACCAACAUCACUACACCCUCUCCCCAACGAUGGGCGACUCUUCCUCGCGCUCUGGCUCGCGCACCAUGACCCAGCCGCCCCCACGACCAACAUCAACAACAACAAAAGUCGAGACCCCAGCCAAUGAACCGCCUUCGGAUCGCUCACAUCCUCCACCCACCUCCUCAUCGACCGGCGGCGCAUCGACCACAACCACUUCCUCCCACAGAUCCGCCGCCUCGCUCGCCAAGUCUGCCCUCAACUUUUCGCAGCAGGCCGAGAAGCUUGCCCAUCACCAUGCCGCCGACGACGACAAUGACGCCGACGUCCCCGUCGAGGCUCAUUUCAUCACCCCGCACGACCCCGUCGUCGUCACAUCAGGGGGUCACAGGAUACCCGGCGUGCCCCUCGAAGAGGCCCACAAGCUCAACUUGCUGAGGGAAGAGCUCGAGGAUGGCCCUCACGUUGUGCAGAUCAAGCAGGAAGGCGACGCGAAGGAUGGGGCCGCCGCCCGUCACUCGCAAUCCACCGACCAGAUUGCCGUCGCUCCUGACCAAAAGGGCCAUGACAUGCAGAAAUCCCAGUCGGGUUCUCUGCGUCGCCAGAUGCCUCCCUCCCACACGAACCCCUUGUUUCCGCCAUUGCCCCUCUACGGGCCGCCGUCUCUGUUGCGCGACAUCCAGACCUUGAUCUUUCGCUCCACCUCCUUCUGGCUGAGCCUCGCCUUCCUCAUGGUCAUUGUCCUGGGCGCACUCUUCACGAGCAUACCCCUCGUCGCCAAGCAAGUCUGGUACAAGGUUACCCUUCGCAACAUUGACGAGACGAGACCUUUCUACGCCGAAGAAGUGAAGAGAAAGAAGGCGCGAAACGAUCUCAACAUGAAAUGGAAGCAGAACAAUCUCAAAAAGGGACUUGGUCCAGACAAAGAGGAGGUCGCUGAUGAAUACGUGCCCACCGAGGGCGGCCGCGACCCUAUCGUCUGUGACCCGGGCUACUACGCACGACGGGUUGGCCUUGACAUUGAGGAGUUUCACGUCCAGACCGAAGACGGCUUUAUCAUUGACCUGUGGCACGUCUACGACCCGAAGGAGUACACCAAGCUCAGCGACGAGGAGCGGCAGGCCCGGGGCCCCCACGUCUUCACCGAAUCUAGGAAGAAGCUCAAAGACUCGACCGGCAAACCCAGAUUUCCCGUCCUCCUGAUGCACGGCCUCCUGCAGAGCGCCGGCGCCUACUGCGUCAACGACGAGGACUCGCUCGCCUUUUACCUCUGCAAGUCCGGGUAUGACGUCUGGCUCGGCAACAACCGGUGUGGCUUCCAUCCGAAGCACACGAUCCUGUCGUACUCGGACCCGCGCCAUUUCUGCUGGAACAUCCGCCAGAUGGGCGUCUUCGACCUCCCGGCCCUCGUGUCACGCGUGCUGCGCGAGACGGGGUUCGAAAAGAUCGGCCUCAUCGCCCACUCGCAGGGCACGACGCAGACCCUCGUGGCCCUGGCCAAGGAGCAGCGCCCCGACCUCGGUGACCGCCUCACCGUCUUCUGCGCCCUCGCGCCGGCGGCGUACGCGGGCCCUCUCAUCGGCAAGGCCUACUUCAAGUUUAUGCGCGUCAUCUCGCCGGCUCUCUUCCGCAUCGUCUUUGGCCUCGGCGCCUUCAUCCCCCUCAUGAUGACCAUGCACCGCCUGCUGCCGCCGCGCCUCUACGGUUGGCUCGGCUACAAGGUCUUUUCGUUUCUCUUCGACUGGUCCGACGAACGCUGGGAGCGCGACCUGCGCAACCGCAUGUUCCAGUUCGCCCCCGUCUACGUUAGCGCCGAGUCUAUGCGCUGGUGGCUCGGUCGCGACUGCUUCGCCAACCACAAGUGCAUCCUCGCCACCAAGGAGGCCGUCCAGGCCGAGGAGCGCGAGGACCACCACGAGGGUACAGGUCCGCACAGCCUCGGUGCCGGCGACGCCGCCGGCGGUGCCAACGGCGGUGCCUCGGCGGACGCUGUUCGCGCACAGCUCGACAAGCCCCGUGGCGCGACGGCGUGGUAA